AGUCUAAGGGAUUCAAAGUGGGAAGAGUUUUGCGAGUAUCUGGCAUUUGGCCUUGUUUCAUUCACCCAAUACCCUUGUUGUUUCCCAGCUUUCUACACUUAAAAGGCUUGUUUUUGCUGUCAAAUUUCCAUAUUUUUUUAGCAUCUUCAACAAACAACAAUCAAAGAAGAAAGAAAUCCAGAACAAGAAGAGAAAAAAUGGAGUGGCAUGCUUGUCUUGAUGAAUAUGAAAAGCUUGUUGUAAGGAUGAGUACACCCAGGGUUGUGAUUGACAAUGCUGUUUGCCCCACUGCAACUCUUGUCAAGGUUGAUAGUGCUAGAAGACAUGGAAUUCUGUUGGAUGCUGUUCAGGUUUUAACAGAUCUGAAUCUCUCAAUUAAGAAGGCUUACAUUUCAUCUGAUGGCCAAUGGUUCAUGGAUGUUUUUCAUGUGACUGAUUUAAACGGAAAUAAAUUAACUGAUGAGAGCGUUAUUAGCUACAUUGAACAGUCCCUUGAGAACACUCAUCCUGAUACAAGUCAUGGAUUUAAUGGUUUAAAAGCCUUGGAACUGACUGGAACCGACAGAAUCGGUCUUUUAUCAGAAGUAUUUGCAGUUUUAGCUGACCUGCAAUGCGCUGUGGUGGAUGCAAAAGUAUGGACUCACAAUGGUCGCAUUGCAUCUUUGAUUUUCGUAAAAGACUGCAAUUCAGGGUCCCCAAUUGAGGACUCGCAACAAAUCGACAAAAUAGAAGCACGUUUAAGGAAUGUCUUGAAGGGAAACAACGAUAUCCGUAGUGCAAGAACCUCGAUUUCUAUGGCUGUAACACACACUGAGAGAAGGUUACAUCAAAUGAUGUUUGAUGAUCGAGACUACGAAAGAAAACCUAUUUUACAGCAUAAGUCAGAUUUGCCUGUGGUCACUGUGCAGAAUUGGGUGGAGAGGGCUUAUUCAGUUGUGAAUGUUCAGUGCAAGGACCGAACCAAGCUUUUGUUUGAUGUUGUUUGCACUUUGACAGACAUGCAAUAUGUUGUGUUUCAUGCUACUAUCAAGACAUCCGGAGACAAAGCGUAUAUGGAAUUUUACGUUAGACACAUAGAUGGAACCCCGAUUAGUUCGGAACCUGAAAGACAUCGGUUAAUACAAUGUUUACAAGCUGCAGUUGAAAGGAGAGCAUCCGAGGGAGUAAGACUGGAGUUACACACAUCCGAUAAACAGGGUCUAUUAGCAGAUGUGACUCGAACGUUUAGAGAAAACGGUCUCAAUUUGACGAGAGCCGAAAUAUCAACCACGAGUGACAUGGCUCUAAACGUUUUUUAUGUAACGGAUGCAGCCGGGAACAUAGCAGACCCCAAAAUCAUCGAAUCGGUAAGAAAAAAGAUUGGUUUAGCAAACUUAAAGGUAAAGGAGCUGCCUUUGAUUUAUUAUGAAAAGGCUGAAAGCGAAGCGCAAGCAGUAGGGGUUGGUGGGGCAGUUUUGUUAUCACUUGGGAGCCUAGUGAGAAGGAAUCUAUACAACUUGGGGUUGAUUAAAUCCUAUCUUGAGUGGAAACUGCAGGAGAGAUUUGAUUCAUUGGUUGGCAAAUGGCAUGUUCUUUGAUUAAAGGUUUGGGAUAUGGCCUUUGUGUACAUAUGAAAAAAAAAGCUGGAACUUGGUGAUUGUUGUUGUUGUUAUAGUUAGUUUGGGGUGGUUGGAUAGAUAGAAUCAUAUAGACAAGAUUGGAACACAACUCCACCUAUUUUUUAUACUUUGUUUGGGGCUAGUAUUUGAAUGAGAAGUGGGAACACAUUGGUGUUGUGGGGUUUGUGAUUUUAUGCCAUAGAUUUGUUGCUGGUUGAAGAGAGAAAAACAAGAUUAGGUAGAAGAAAAAAAAUUGGUUUAUUAUUAUCACACAACAUUUGUACAUAACCACUUUUAAGUAUUAAUUAUAAUGUUCGACUUUUAUUU